AUGUCUCGUUGUGACAAUAAUACGCCCGUUUAUAAGGCUGUCAAGGCACUAUCCCAGCCCAUUGGAAUCAGACAGGAACAUAUUGCCGAUGAAGAAACUCUCCUGUACCUGAAACCUAAAUAUGACCACCGAUCGCCGAAUGAAUAUACCAUCAAGAGAUACUGGGACGGCUCGACCAUUUUCACAGUCACUGGCCACAAAUAUGGCGACACCCCAGCUCGCGAAUUUCGCGACUCGUCAGGACUUCCAAUGUUCCAGUCUCGUGCGGCUGUUCUCGCAUGGAAAAGACCACUCCGGGUACGAUUACCCGGUAAGGAAGACGAAGAGCUUGUAGAUUUCAGGGUCGACAUGAACAAAGUCUACAGACUCACAUUUCGCAAUUCGAUGGAGCCGAACUCCAAAAGCGAGCGCGACAGAAUGGUGACGGUCGAAGUGCGAGAGACGGGCUGUUUCGCGUGGCAAGGAUUCUCGGCCAGUGUUGGGGGCCAGAAAGUGGUUGAUAUUCGUGAGAGCAUGACGAUGAACAAGACACUACCCAAAGCUACCUCUCAAGGUGAUGUAUCCUUGAUGCCACGACAAGUGCUUGAGAUUCUUGUGGCUGAGGGUUUUGACUUGUCCCUAGCUGCACUCAUUGCCGUGUACAUGGCAGAUACGAGGUUCAGUACUGCACCUCCUCCCCGAUUCUAA